UGUCAAAUUCAUGAUAAAUUUCAACUACAAGGUCUUUAUAAGAAAGGAGAUAUAAUGUUGGGUGGCAUAUUUGAAGUAAGUUUUAAAACCAAAGUUCCAGACCUGUCUUUUAGAGCGAAGCCUGAAGAAUGGACAUGUGAAAGCCUUGAUUUUUCAGUUUUUCAGUGGGCUCAGACUAUGGCCUUUACCAUAGAAGAAAUUAACCGUGAUCAGAGCCUUCUUCCUAAUAUAACAUUGGGAUACAGACUUUACGAUAACUGCAUGAGACUGCAAGUUGCUCUCAGGGCAGCAACUGCUCUAGUUAGUGAUGCUGGACUGAAUAUUGCUAAGAAUCACUGCGAUGGACUUCCUCCUGUUGUUGCUAUUGUGGGGGAUCCACUUUCAACACAUUCAAUUGCAAUAUCAAGAAUGUUGGGGCUUUUCCGAAUGCCUAUGGUAAGCUUUUACGCUACAUGCUCUUGUUUAAGCAAUAAGCAAGAUCACCCAUCCUUCUUCAGAACAGUUCCCAGCGAUGCCUUUCAAGUGAGAGCAAUGGUAGAGAUUAUCAAACAUUAUGGCUGGUCGUGGGUAGGUGUAGUAGUGAGUGAUGAUGAGUAUGGGCAAUAUGCUCUGAAAAACUUUAUUGAGGAAAUGAAACAUAUUGGUUGCAUUUCAUUUGCUGAAACAAUUCCCAAAAGCAACAUCAAGUUAACUGUGUCUCAGAUUGUCAACAGGAUAAAGCAGUCAACCUCUACAGUUAUUGUUGUAUUUUCUUCAAGAGCUGAUGCAACAUCUUUAGUGAAAGAGGCUGUUCAACAGAAUGUUACUGGAAAGCAGUGGAUUGCUAGUGAAGCAUGGAGCACCGCAACUGCCUUAGCUACUGUGGAACACUUUGCUUCCUUUGGAGGCACAAUUGGUAUUGCCAUUAGAAAAGGUGUAAUACCUGGCCUGGAAAAAUUUCUCUUAAAGAUUCAACCCGAUUUAUUGCCAGAUAAUAAUUUAGGCCUCCGCUUCUGGGAAACGAUGUUUGGUUGUACUUUCCAAGAUAGUACAAUGACAAAAAAUGCAUCUGCCAUAUUUCAAAGUGGCAAAGCAUGCACUGGACUAGAAAACAUCACUGAAACCAAAACAGCAUAUAGUGAUGUUUCAGAAUCAAGAGCAUCUUAUAAUGUCUAUAAAGCAGUUUAUGCCUUGGCACAUGCCUUACAUAAUCUAAUACACUGUGAACGUGGAAAAGGGCCAUUUGAAAACAACACUUGUGCUGACAUCAAAAGCAUGCAACCAUGGCAGCUUCUACAUUAUUUGAAAAAAGUAAGUUUUACAAAUCCACUUAAUGAAACAGUGGCUUUUGAUGACAACGGAGAUGCACUUGCCAUUUAUGACAUUGUAAACUGGCAAAGAGAAGUUGAUGGAAGUGUUACAAUUAAAACCAUUGGCAUUUUUGAUGCAGCAAAGAAAAGUGGAAAAGAGAUUGAACUUAAGGAAGAGGACAUUUUUUGGAACUUCCAUUCUGGAAAGGUCCCUGACUCUGUUUGCAGUAGAAGUUGUCCACCGGGCACAAGAAAAGCAAAUAGAAAAGGAGAGCCUGUCUGUUGUUUUGAUUGCAUACCAUGUGCAGAAGGGGAAAUCAGCGAUCAAGAGGACUCCAUUUCCUGUGUUUCAUGCCCAAUGGAGUAUUGGUCAAAUUAUGAAAGAAAUAAGUGCGUUAUAAGGGAAGUUGAAUUUCUUUCCUAUGAAGAUGCAAUGGGAAUUACUUUAACAAGUACAGCCUUAUUUGGAGCCUGUUUGUCAAUUGGAGUGCUUACUGUUUUUAUACACUAUCGCAACACUCCAGUCGUGAAGGCCAACAACUCUGAACUUAGUUUUCUUUUAUUGGUGUCCCUGACUCUGUGCUUUCUCUGUUCUUUGUGUUUUAUUGGGAAGCCCUCAGACCUGACGUGUAGACUGAGGCAUGUGAUGUUUGGAAUUAGUUUUGUUUUGUGUAUUUCUUGCAUUCUUGUCAAAACAAUUGUUGUAUUAAUGGCUUUUAAAGCUACUCUCCCCGGAAAUAACAUGAUGAAAUGGUUUGGAGUUGCACAACAGAGAAGCACCGUCUUCUUCUGUACCUUUAUUCAGUCAUUAGUAUGUACAGUAUGGCUGAUGACAGCUCCUCCUGUUCCAGCUAAAAUCCCCACGUUUCAAACAGCAAAACUAAUCUUUGAAUGCAAUGUUGGUUCUCUCACAGGAUUUAGCUGUUUGUUAGGAUACAUUGGCUUGUUAGCUUCAAUCUGCUUUGUAUUGGCUUUCUUUGCAAGAAACUUGCCAGACAAUUUUAAUGAGGCCAAGUUUAUUACAUUCAGCAUGCUGAUCUUCUGUGCAGUUUGGAUUACUUUCAUACCUGCUUAUAUUAGCUCUCCUGGAAAAUAUACAGUAGCCGUUGAAAUAUUUGCCAUUUUAGCUUCAAGUUUUGGUCUCCUUGUUGCAAUAUUUAGUCCAAAGUGUUACAUUAUUUUGUUUAAGCCUGAAAGAAACACAAAAAAAGCUAUGAUGAGUCGAACUUUAAGUGACUACUGA